AUGGAAGAAAGAAAACCCGAAAAAUACUACAAAACUGAAGACAACGAUCCAAUCGAAUAUGAAGAGGUAUUUCAAAAUUCCACAUUGGUUAAGAAAUAUCAUUUUUAUGUCACCAUGUCCCUUUUUGUCUACUUAUUCUCUUUUUCAUUCUUUUUAUUUUUCCACUUAUUUCUUACGUACGAACAGAAUGCAUACAGUUCAGUGGAACGAUAUAAUGAAGAGCUGGCGAUGAGAUUCUUUUUGGGAAAUGGGAGAUCGCUAGAAACUAUCAACGAUCCCCCAUUCCUUAAAUUUCUCCAUCACCUAAAUCCCACGAGAAACCCACCGGAACCAUCAUAUAUGACAACGAGAGCAAUGACUGAAACUAGGCCGGAUAUCAAAUACUUGCGAAAUCUAGGACCAUUGGGUAUAACAAUUGAAGCUGUGCGGAAAGCUGACGAAAUCUAUUUGUCCAUUUCUUCACACUUUUAUAAUAGCCACGGAGAACGACAGAAUACAGUACAUUUUGAAAAAAUCAUUUUCAGAGAUUAUGAUGGAAGAAUCGUUGCUGAUCGAAUCCGUAAAGUAGUUGAUGCUCGUAAAGCGAUGAAUUAUGCUGUCUCGUACAUCAUGUCUCCGAAUUGCCGGAUGCUGGAAAUGAUCACUGCAAAUAUGCCUGUGAAAAAUAAAUUUAUCUGCGUCUUUUCUUAUCUGACAAUGAUUGCAAACGAAGUGGUAAAGUUUCCGGAAUUUUUAGCAGGUCUCAAAGUGUUGCGAGAGUACGUAUCAGCCCUACAGAAGCAUCGAGAAGUUUUUACGAAAUUCAAAAAAAUGCAAAAAGAUGCGAAUGAUUCUGCCGACAUUCCCUGUUUGGAUGUUGAAGGCGAUUGGUUAUCAACUCUCUAUUUCCUUGCCAGCUGCAGCCAUCUACAUGAGACGUUUUCGAAUAUCCAUGAAAACUGGUGUAUGCCGAAUUAUCUGGAUGCAACUGAAGAGAAUUCAUUGGCGAAUCUACUAGAUUUUCUGUUAGUUCUUUGCCGGGUAACAAGCGAAAUCUGCUCGGAAGACAGUUGCAUUUCCCAAGCACUUUAUUCGAUUUCGAUGGUCCAUAAUUCCAUUAAAAAAUGUGGAAUCAAAUCAGCUCGAGAACGGAUGAGGAAAACGUUCGAUAAAUACUACAAAAGUAUGACAAAAGACAGAAGUGGUGACUAUCUCACUGUUUCGUCGCUUUUGGAUCCACGAUACGCAUAUUCCACUCUUAUUUUUAACGAAGAAAACUGGAAUCUAAUUGAGAAGAAGUUAAUCAAACUCUUUGAACCAUCACAACUACAGCAGCAAGGAGUGAAAAAUGAGCUGAAAGACUAUCGACAGUUGCAUGAGAAUCUUCCAGUUUUUGAUGAAGUGACAACCCCUACGACAUGGUGGAAUGAUCAUAGAGAUCAACUUCCACUGAUGCAUCGUCAGUGGAUUGAACACUCUGCACUUCCGGCAGUGGCUAUAGAUGGCAAGCGGUUUUUUGCAAAAGGAGGAAAACUUGCUCAUCUGUUUGCGACAUUGGAUGAAGAGCUACAUUACAAAGCUAUGCUCCUUGCACAAAGUUCUCAAGAUUUCAUUGGCCGUGGAAGUAUGAGCAGUUCUGUUUUGAAUCAAAUCACAGAAGGUUGCAAGUUCAAACGUCUUGAUCACGAACCAGAUUCCCUCGAAGAAGAAACAACGGAACCUGUUGCAGAAGUUAAAUUAGAACCAACGGACGAAACCAGUGAGAAUAGUAAACUUGUGGAAACAGAACUAAAACAAGAGGAACCAAAUGAUUUUUAA